GGACAAAUACGCAAAGCAUUUCGGGUACCAGGAAACCCUAAUGGACGCCAUUGGGAAAUGAAAUAAUAAACAUUAUUGCAAACGAGUUUAAGUAUCUGUUCCUUUACAGAUUGUACAGAAUUUUGUAAAAUGAGUGGGACAACAGCGAGUGAGAUUGUAGUCCAUUCUCAGCCCGAUGUUGAGGCGCUGGUACAAGCAGCAGUGAGUGUUCUCACCAAUGAUAUGCAGAUUGCCCACCAAGAUGGCAGCAGUCUUUCCAAUCUGCACGUGACUUCUGCGGACCAUAACACGGUUCAGCUACUGGUGGACGCAAACACGGGCAUUCAGGAGCGUCUGUACAUGUGCACGGACUGCAACCUCGCCUUCUACGGGGAGCACGGCGAACAGGAGUGGCACUGGCACCUCAGGCAACACAAGGCGUUCAAGUGUGAACUCUGCUCCGAGGGCUUUGGGGACAAAGACUCAUUGAAGGCCCACAUCCGAACCCAUUCAAUGCAGAUGCCUUAUGUUUGUGAGAAAUGUGGCUCAGCAUACAGUCUCAAGUCUAACCUCACCCAGCACAUGAAAACCCACGAGGAGGUCGUGUAUUCGUGCACAGAUUGCUCCAUCACCUUCAAGUCCGAGGCCAGUUUCCAGAAGCACAUGCGCUGCCACUCCGGUGAGCCCUUCAGCAUUUUCCAAUGUGAGGUAUGCAAUAAGACAUUCGCUCACCAGAAGAACCUAGUUCAGCACCAGAAGAUACACCAGAAUCGAGGGCGACAGUUCAAGUGUCCUGAAUGUCCCGCUUCCUACAGCUACAAGUGUCACCUCACCAGGCAUCUUAUGAUUCACACUGGAGACAAGCCUUACAAAUGUAAGUUCUGUGGUAAGGCCUUCAACAGGAAUGCCCACUUGGUAAGACACAGAAAAAUUCAUCUUGAAGGAGAAAAAGAAUUCAAAUGUCACCAGUGUGGCUUUGCAUUCUACGAAAAAAGUGACCUCCAAAGACAUAUAAGAUCACAUGAGGGAAAUCGUCCGUAUAAAUGUGAUUUCUGCCCUCAAACGUUUGUCUGGAAAAGGUAUUUGUACAAACAUCUCAUUUCACUCCAUAAGGAAGAAGGGAAAGUGUUUUGUCAGAAAUGUUGCAUUGCUUUUGACUCGAACGAGGAGUUAGCUCAGCAUGAAGCGUCCCACGACAAGAAGGCCUUGACGCAUUCCUGCAGCGUAUGUGGAGAGGAGUUUCACUUCAAGUAUCGACUGGAUGAGCACAUGUACCAGCAUACAGGUGAGAAGGCUCAUGCCUGUGACCAGUGUACAGAGAGGUUUGUGAGCCGCAAGGAGCUAGAUCGACACAAGACUGUGCAUGCCCAAGCCUUGCACUUCAGCUGUAACACGUGUGAGAAGACAUUCACAGCCUUGAAUGAGCUGCAGGACCAUUUGAAGCUGCAUAUCGGGUCACAUAACAAGUACAGUUGCGCGAUUUGUUCGCAGACGUUCCGUUGGAAGAGUCAGCUCACCAACCACAUGGUCGUCCACUCUAAUGACCACGACUUCACCUGCAGCAUCUGCUACAAGGAGUUCAAGAGAAAGCGUGAUCUAAUCCGACAUGUUAAAGUGUUUCAUGAUACCAAGCCGCCAUUUAAAUGCUUAGAAUGCAAGACAGACUUUCACAGUGCCAUUAACUUGCACAGACACAAGUCCGAAACGCAUUGGAAGAAAGCUGAUGAGAUUGAUUCUUUGUUUUCUUGCUCAAAGUGCUCUGGGAUGUUCCGCAUGAAGAAAGAUUUAGAUCAUCAUGUUAAUAAAGUUCAUCCUUUCCGACCUUACAUCUGCAAACUGUGUUCAAAACGCUUCACCCUCCAAAAGUUCUUGAUCACACACUUUGAACAAAAGCAUCCUGAAGAGGUGAUGAUAGAGGACCUUAACUAUAUGAUUAGGCAGCCAAAGGAACAAGCACCAGCUGAGCAAGCCACUAAUAACAUGGACACAUUUGCCAACUGUAAUGUAGCCGAAGACAACGAAAUGGAUGCUAAACAAAACACUGAAGAAAUAUCAAACGAAAUGGACAACACUGAAGGUGAUUUCCAUGAAAUUCAUAUUGUUUCUGAGAAUGGAUCAGAAAGAGAGCGAAGCACACAGACGGAGAAGGCGGAUGAAGACGACUCAUUAGUCUUGGACUCUGACCAGCCAAUGUCAGAGGCUAUUACACUGGCCCAGCUCUCCCAACAAGUCCCUGAUGAAGGCAUCUUCCCCAUCUUUUUGCAAGAAAACCUUGCCUCAAAUGAAGAAACAGGAACCGAACAACAUCACCCAGUUCAGCAGAUCAGCUUGCAAAAUGGAUCCCAUUUGGUGACCGGCAACAUCCGCAGCCAGUCCACACGUCAGCCCCAGAUAUUCACCAUUCCAGCGCAUCAAGUUCUCAGUCUGGAGGGCAGCUCGCUUAUGGCCAAACCCCCCGUCAUCACCCAGGUCCCAAUUACUGUACAUCAACAUCAGCCUGCAAGGCCAGGCCAGGCCCCCCAGAUACGAGUCAUCAGGCAGCAGGUUCAGAGAUCACCAGAGACUGGGCAACCCAGGCAACCAACAAUUCGUUCCAUUAAGAUCAUACCACGGUAUCCGAAUGACCCCAAUGUGUUGAGGAUGGUAUCUGUUGCUUCAAGUCCUCCAAUCAUAAUAGAGAAUCGCAGUUUGUUGCAGUCGGCUGGGAGUCAGCCAACAACUGUUGUGUCAUCAGAGACGCUACAGGUCAUGAAUGUCAAUGAUGUAGAGCUAAUUCCCUGUGAAAAUGUGUGAUUAACCAGAACUUUUAGACCAUGUUUUUUUGGUUUGUUUGGUAAUUUGUCAUUUGAUCAUUAAAGUUGCACGUAUAUUAUGAUAUUUUAUUGUUUUGAAAAAGAAUCUAUUUGUGAAAUACUUAUAGCUGUUAAUUAUAAAAAGAAGUUUACAGCAUCAAAGCUAACCAAAGACUUGGAAAUGUUUUAAAUUCUCUUUCAGGAAACUUUUGUGUGGAUUUUCAUGAAACUGGGAUAAAAAGUUAUAUCACUAAGAUUGUGGUACAAAAUGUUACUCUUAAAGAUUUAAAAGCUCCAUAUUUUUGUGUCAGCUUCAUAUCUGCUUUGAAGGAUUCUUAUAACACUUAUAAACAUAAUCACACUAGACCGUUGACGGUUAAAACUAUUUCGUAAGGUCGAUUUGUGGCCUUUAGACGACCUUGAUAAGAAUAGUAAUGGUCAUGCAACAAUAGAAUGUUUAUUAUUUAGUGAAUGUAUUCAAAAAUGUGUUAACUAACUGCUAACUUAUUAGUAUUUACUAAAAAGUUACUCUAAAAUGACCAAAUUAUAUAGCAGAAAAUGAAUAUAUGGUUAUGAUUUCAAAUUGAAAGUGUGUACUGGUUUGGUAAGGACUAGUUACAACAAACUUAGGAGAAUUACACUCAUUACUUCUUGUUCAUAUGAGAUGUAUAUGGCAAUGUGUAUGUUGAGCCUUGGUGUUUGAUAUACAUGUACAUCUGCUUGCAUUCUUAAAUCUAAUAUUAUUUAAGUUUUGUAUAUACACAAAUAUUUAAUGAACAUUUAUUUGAAGUAUAUUAUCAUUUCCUACAUGUGUGGUCUUGUUAGGUUUUGGCGAUGAAUCUUUAUGUUAAAUACAUACAAAUGUUUAUGUUAAAUAAAAUGUAUUGAGAAACGCUGGAUAUUGAGCAAUUUUACUCAUGGAUAUUCAUGUGUUCUCUUAAUACUAUACACAGUUUAAGAUGUAAAGUAAUAUUGUAUGAAAUUAGGGGCAUGUGGAAACGCAUUGAUAUGUCGGAUCCAAAUGCCAGUUAAUAUAAUAAAAUGGUCAAUCAGAGACUUUCAACUGUUGAAAACAUGCAAACACGUAUUAAUAUGGAAGCUUUAGAGUUCAGUUGGGUUGGAAAAACUAUUAACAUCCUAUCAAAUAUGUUCCUUAUGAUAGUUCUCUCUUUGUUGAUAAUUUAAUGCUGUUUGUGUUAAAACAUUGUUUCCUAAAAUUGUGUCCAGAUUCAGCUGAAAAGUCUUUUACUGGAAAUAAUUUAUACUGGCAAAAACUAUAUCUGAAACUGCACUUUUACAUCUCAAAAGACAUUAUUUGUGCGGAUGGAACCAAAAGGGAGCUGGAAUAAGUACCCAUAUAUUUAAGUUUGCUACACAUUCUUUCUUUAACUAUUAUAUUUAAAUGUGUUUUUUUUAAUUAAAUUUGGCUAUUUUGGGUAGGCUUGUAAGGGCCCAUUCUUGUCCAUUUUUAAAGGCAAUUUAGUGCAUGUAUAUUCUUUGUUAAUAUGAGAAAUGACACAUUUUUCGUAUAGUUAGUUGAGAAUGAAAGAUUGUUGGUUUAUGUUAAUGAAUUUGAAAUAAAAUGUUAAUAAAAACAUCUUAUAACUUAA